AUGUCUACUACUACCACCUACCUCUCCAACAACGCCAUCCGCCAAGAAAUCGACCAACUGCGCCCCAACCACCUAGGCCGCAACACCUCCAUCCUAGGCGUCUGGAACGCCGUCCUAGCCACCCAAUUCCCAGUUCAGCAAAACUACAUAACCCGCCCCCGCGAGCAUGGAUGGUACAACGAGCGCGACCUCUGGUACGACCUGCAAGUCUUGCACGUCCGCAACAACACCUCCAACGUCAUCCUGGUGGUGAUCUGCCGCACCGCCGCAGGCCAUGCAAACGCCAACGAGGGUGUGGACCAGUGGCAGGUCCAUCUGGAGUUGUAUCUGGGAACGAUCUUCGGGAAGAGGCGUCGUGCUGGCCGUCCGCCCCGGGUUUAUGGGGUUAUUGCGCAUGGGUUGGGGGCGACGUUCUUCUCUUAUGAUGUUGGGGAUGAUAUUCCUAUGUUGAUCUUUCGGGAUCAUGAGGCGGAUCGGAAGAAGGUUUAUCAUUUGGUGGAGGAUCAUCAGAAGAUUCAGGGGUUCCUGGAUGUUAUUCGGGACAGCCACUAG